AUGAUAUACCGGAAAUGGAGCCUGUUAACUGGACCAGUCACGAUCUUGGGAGGCAUAGUAGGCACCGUAGUCGUCGGCCACUACCUUCUCAUUGAGAACGAUUGGAUGAAGUCGGAGCCAAGGAAGGCAGAAGCAUCCACUUCAAGCAAAUAA